AUGGCUACCGUUCCUCGUCUCGGUCUCCUUGAGGAUAUGGACGAUGCAACGGCAUCUCUCAUCUUUCAGCUACAACUCGAGGACAGUGAACGACUUGCGGCAACUUCGAAAGGCAAGGGACCCUCAGGACGGCUCCCCGAUGCCGAGAUUGCGCUCAGGCUCUAUAAAACCGAGCUAGAAAACACUGCUACCCUCGUCCGAGACCAUCAGUUUGCCUCUACCUUGGAUCCUCAUGGCAGGGAGACAGCUAUAGCUUUGGAUCUCAUGCCUCCACGUCCGGAGUAUCCUACCCCACAAAAUCCUCAAGCAGCUCAGAUUCUUGGACCUACCAAUGUCUUGGAUCUUAACCCUGCCGCCGAAAGCCCCCCCAACGAAGAAGAUGAGCCUGAGCCCGAGCCUGAGAUUGAGAGAAGCUAUUGUACUAGUUGCAUGGAAAUGGUCGAUGCUAGAUUUAUUGCCACAACUCCAUGCGGUCACGACUACUGCCAAGAAUGUCUUCAGGACCUGUUCAACCGAUCCUUCAUCGAUGAGGAGCUGUUUCCUCCACGAUGCUGCAUGCAACCAAUCCUCCUUGGGAGUGUCCAAACUGCAUUGACACCGGAGAUUGAGCAGACAUACCAGGCGAAGAAGUUCGAGUUCGAGUCGACGAACCGUACUUACUGCUCGGACCCUGAUUGUUCCACCUUUCUUCCUCCAACCAACAUUCAAGAUGGUGUGGCUACGUGCAACCUGUGUGAAACCCGGACAUGCACAAUUUGCAAGACCGCGGCUCAUGAGGCAGAAUGCCCAGAUGACGAGAAUAGCAGGUUGUUGAAGGAAUUGGCCGCACAAGAAGGCUGGCAGAGCUGCCCAGGUUGCCACAGAAUGGUUGAGCUGACGUUAGGUUGCUAUCACAUGAUGUGUUUUUGCCGAGUCCAUUUUUGCUAUCUCUGCCAAGCUACACCCUGGAAGACCUGCCAAUGCCCUCAAUGGGAUGAAAACCGCCUCAUGGGUCGUGCAGCCGAAGCCGUCAAUGCACAGAACGGAGGCGCUCGGGCUGCACAACCUCCAGUUUUGCAUGCUGUUCUUGAAAUGGCAGAACAGCUGGCCGGACGUCAUAAUUGCCAACACACCCGCUUCAGAAGUCUUCGCGGAAACCAUGAAUGCCAGAUGUGCCACGAGCGCAUGCCUAAGUGGGUCUAUGAUUGCCAGCAAUGCCAUUUGCAAGUUUGCCGAAGCUGCAGACGAAAUAGACUAUGA